UUUUAUUUUAUUUUAUAUUCAUAUAGGGAAAUAGUACUUCUCGACAGGGCGACUCAUUUUCUUUCUAUCAAAAAAUAAAAUUUAAAAAUAAGAAAAAUUUUCCAAUUUGAGUUUCUUUAAGGAAACACGAGCUCAGGCCCCUGCAAAUCUUAGCUAUAUUUAGGGUGAUAAUCGCUAACUCGAGGGGGCAUCGAUUUUCGCUAAAGUUGGAAAGGUGCGGCCUUUGGUUGUUCCUUUUUGCUGUUUUUAUAUGGCGGCGGCGAAUCCUCAGCCACUGCAGACGCGUCCGUUUGUGGACCACGCGCGAGGGACGAUACAGAUCGAGGACGACGAUGGAGAUUACGAAGAUGACGCCAUGGAUGACGUGGAGGACGCGAAUGCCAACUCUGUGAAUGUGGCGGAGCAUGGAACAGGAGUAGUAGGCGGCGUUAAUGAUGGCGGAGGCGUGGUUAUGGCAUCGAGAACUAGCGAGCUUACUCUCUCCUUUGAAGGAGAAGUUUACGUGUUCCCUGCUGUUACGCCUGAAAAGGUUCAAGCUGUUCUAUUGCUUCUAGGUGGUCGUGAGAUCCCCACCGAUGUUCCUACAAUUGAAGUACCUUUUGAUCAAAAUAACAGGGGUGUAGGUGAUCUUCCGAAGCGCUCCAAUCUUUCAAGACGAAUAGCAUCCUUGGUUAGGUUCCGUGAGAAAAGGAAAGAGAGAUGUUUUGACAAGAAAAUUAGGUAUACAGUACGGAAAGAGGUUGCACAGAGGAUGCACCGUAAAAAUGGGCAGUUUGCAUCUUUAAAGGAAAGUACUAGUACUUCAAGCUGGGAUUCCUCUCAAACUGACCUUCAAGAUGGUACUCCUCGUCCAAAAACUGUUGUCCGGAGAUGUCAGCAUUGUGGUGUUAGUGAAAAUAAUACUCCAGCAAUGCGUCGUGGUCCAGCUGGUCCAAGGACUUUAUGUAAUGCAUGUGGGCUUAUGUGGGCCAAUAAGGGAACGCUGAGAGAUCUUAGUAAAGGAGGAAGGAGUAUUUCCAUGGACCAAAAUGAACCUGAAACAACAAUUGAUGUUAAGCCUUCAAUUAUGGAAGGGAACUUCCCUGGUAACCAGGAUGAACAUAUUGUGCAGGGGAAUCCUUUAAAAGAUGUCACUGAUGGAUCCAAUAAUGCUUCUGUCAACCCAGAUGAAGAAGAUUUGCAUGAAAAUGCAGAGGAUCUUAAAAACUCUUUGCCUGUGGGAAUUGUUCAUCCCGCUGCAGAUGAUGAUGAGCAGUUUAUACAAAAUGCAGGAACCUCUGGUUGAGCUUGCUAAUCCAUCAGAUACAGAAAUUGACAUUCCUUCUAGUUUCGAUUAGAAGGUUUUCAAUUUGGCUCCCAAUCCAACAAUUUAACAAGAUGUGGGUAUUAGACACACUUUUACCCCAGGUAGUUUCUCUUGCAUCUGUGUGCUUGGUACAGUUAAAAAAAAAAAAGAUUACCUUGUUUAUAUGGAGGCGAACAUAGCCAGAUUGUAUGAGUUACCAUAAUUAGGAAACCAGCUUGACAUUGAACCCUAAAGUACAGUAAUCAGCUUGUGAUUGGGAAAAUACAUGGUGCUGCUUUGCUUUCAGGCUGACAUUUAGAUAAACUUUGAAUUGAAGGUUUUCCUUGUUAUAAUCUGUGUACAUUUGAUAGGUUAAAAUGGCUAAUGCUUUUACUAGUUCUAUAA